GGUCGUUACCAAUUGCGUUCGAAGUGUCACAUCUCCAUUUUGGAAUUUUCGAAUUCCACUCCUAACACUUUAUCCAAAUUGAUUUAACAAAAAAGUGUCGUUUCCUGGAAAAACAGAAUUUUCUAUGACUGCAAUGCCGAAACCAAAGUUCAGCGACGGCGAAAGAGUGCUGUGCUUUCACGGUCCGCUAAUAUACGAGGCGAAGGCGCUCAAAAAUUCACUGACGAAAGAUAAACAAGUAAAAUACUUGAUACACUACCUGGGUUGGAACAAAAAUUGGGACGAAUGGGUACUGGAGGAUCGAGUAUUGAAGUACAACGACGCGAACAUACAAAAACAGAAAGAAGUAUCCAAACAACAUGCAUCGACAUCAGCUAAGAACAAGAAAGGUGCGAGUGCUAAUAUCGCUGGCGUCAAAGGAAAGAAAGUCGACACGAUUAGUUCCAGCAGCAAGGACAGUUCUUCGCGGGACUCUACCCCAUCGAAGGAAUUGAUUAAAGAAUCGUCGCCACAGGUGCCAAAUGCUUCGUCAACGCCGGUUCCAUCCACCACAACGUCUUCGCGAAACCGAAGUACGAAGCAAGUGUCCAACACUAGAUCGUCAACACCUUUGCCUACCGAAUCGGCUUCUAUAACAGAUCCUCCGAAGAAAAAACGGGGCCGUGUCGAUACAGCUGUUGAAUCGGAAGAGCAGUCUCUGUCAAAAGUUGAAAUAAAAAUCAAAAUACCCGAUGAUUUGAAGCCAUGGUUGGUGGACGAUUGGCACGCCAUCAAUCGGGAACAUAAGUUAAUGAUAAUUCCAGCGAAAAUAACCGUACAAGAUAUAAUCAACGGUUACAUCAGCCAUAAAAAGUCCAGCAAGACAACCAAUCAAACCAAAGAAGUAGCCCUAACCGACGUUUCAUUUAGCCUUAUCGAAUAUUUCGAUGUGACUCUGUCGAGUAAACUGUUGUACAAAUUUGAGCGCGUCCAGUACGACGAACUCUUCACCCAGCAUCCCGAUGUGCCGAUGUCAAAAUUGUACGGUGCAUUCCAUUUGUUAAGAUUGUUCGUUCAGUUGGGCUCGAUGUUGGCAUUCACCGGAUUGGACGAAAAAUCGAUGCAAUUGUCGUUGGGCCAUUUGCAAGACUUCCUAAAGUAUUUGGUUAAGAACAGUUCAACGCUGUUCAACAUGGACCAAUACGUAAAUUCCACGGCUGAUUAUCAACAGAAGGCGAAUUGAGAAUCGGAUGCGAAGAAUUUAUUAUUUUUUUUUUAAACUUGUUUUCUCACAUUUUAUUUCGUUUUUCUAAAGUUGAGGUAAGGUACGGUUGUGUCACUUUUGUCACAUGAGAGUAUUUUCAUCAAAAAAUAAAAGAAAAAUCCGUUUUCCAAG